AUGGCACCCUUAGAGACUACGACGUUGCUGGGAGACCAAUAUCAACCCGACGGCCUCAGUGAAUGCACCCAAUCCAAACACCAAAAAGGAUACCAGACCAUCGAACAUACAGACACUAGGCUCUUGGAGACGAAUAACGAUUUCGAUACUACAUGGAAAGUUGAAACUAAAGCACUGGCGAAGAAUUCGGCACCCCUGGUUCUUACCUAUCUUCUACAAUACUCUUACAACCUUGUCAUGGUAUAUGUUGCAGGAAAAUUAGGCACGAGUGAACUGGGAGCAGCAUCAUUGGCAACAAUGACGGCAAAUAUUACCGGGCUGUGUGUCUAUGAAGGCUUAGCUACGUCUCUCGAUACCCUCGCUUCGCAGGCUUUUGGUGCUGGUAAAAAAAAGCUCGUUGGCCGCCACGUUCAGCGGAUGUGGCUCCUAAUGCUAGUUGCCACCAUACCUAUUGUAACUCCCCCCCGCUUCCCCGAUCCUGAAUUUUCCAAGAGUUAGAAAGCCAAGUUACUUAGUUUUUCCAGGAUUUCUGGGAUACAAAACUCAUCGGAUGGAUAUUAAUUGCUCAAUUCUUCCGUGGUCGUCGACGCAAUGGUUUCUGUUGGCCUGGGUGUAUUCGAAUAAUGAUUCAUCCUUCUCACAAAAUUCUUUUUGACUCUCGAAUCUUUCUAAAACAAUUGAGCUGACUUAAAUACUUCUCAAAAUAGGGCGCACUCUGGUUAUCAUCGCCAUGGAUACUCGAGCUACUAGUACCUGACGCAAACCUUGCGAAGUUGGCCGGCUCUUACUUAAGGCUAUACCUCCUGGGAGCCCCUGGCUUUGCCAUGUUUGAAGCUGGAAAACGUUUCAUGCAAGCACAAGGGAAUUUCACUGCUUGCUUGAUGGUUGUGAUGGUUUGUGCUCCUCUCAAUAUCCUAUGGAAUUGGCUGUUUGUGUUUCGGUUCGGCCUCGGAUUCAGAGGUGCAGGCCUAGCGGUGGCCCUGUCUAACACCCUUCAACCAAUUCUACUGCUACUCUAUAUUAACUUAUUUGCUCGUCCCAUGCUAGAAUGCUGGCCAAGAUUUUCUUUGGCCAAGGUUCUCCAGAAUUGGGGCGAAAUAAUCAGGCUUAGUGUUCCGGGAAUAUUCAUGGUCUUAUCGGAAUGGCUUGCUUUUGAAAUCCUCACUUUCGCAUCAAGUUAUAUGGGCAACGAAGCUCUCGCCGCACAGUCUGUUCUGUUCUCGGUAGCCAUCACAACAUACCAUAUUCCCAUGCCCACCUCUGUGGCGGCUUCCACACGCUUCGGGAAUCUUUUCGGACAUGGCGCCUUGACAGCAGCAAGAAAGGUUUGGAGGAUAUAUUACAUCGUAUUCGUUGGAAUUGGCUUGUUUGACCUCACUAUGUUGACACUUCUACGACGCACCAUCGCCAAACUUUUCACCGAAGACCCCACCGUUCGGGAUAUCAUCGUCAGCGUACUUCCCCUCGUGGCAGCAAAUCAGAUGUUUGAUGCUUUUGCAAUUCUUUCAAGUGGCUUGCUCCGAGGCAUGGGAAGGCAAAGAAUCGGAGGAUGGAUCAAUCUUGGUGUUUACUAUAUAUGGGCAGUGCCACUCUCGCUAUUUCUGGCCUUUGGACCACUGCAUAUAGGUGUAUUUGGUCUCUGGAUUGGACCGCUGAGUGGACUUGGGAUAGUUGCUGGCAUACUCACUCUAUAUAUGAGAUACACAGACUGGCAAAAAGUGGUCGCGGAGGCAAGGGCUCGUGUAGAGGAGUAG